AUGAAAAGAGUCAUAGAUGUUGUAGCCAUUGGACUUCUAUUUCUUGGAAAGAUCCUCAAUUUGAAAAGAGAUGAUGGCUUCCAAAUGAAUGAAGUGAUCGUGGCUCUAUGGGACAUCAUGGGUUUAUGGCCUUUAGUUUACAGUAUGCUGCUUCUUCCAACUGGUAGAAGGGGAAGGAAAAGGCUAUUGGCUUCUUCCCUUGUUAGUGAUUCUAUUUUUAGGGCCAUCUCUCUAUCUUCUCCUAUGGUUUCGUUUUCAGCAGUUCCAGUUUCACCAUGCCCAGCAGUAUUGGAUGACAAAUGA